AUGGGAUUGUGUAAGGCUCAAUCUUACGGUUGGGAACAAUAUGCUAAUGAUAUCCGGAAUCUUGAAUACCCUAAAGCGGUAUCCACAAUUAAAACAGAUAACGCACUUCUGGCGGGACGUGAUAUUCAGGCUCGAUAUAGUGAAACUGUCUUCUGGGAAAUCAUCCAGAAAGGUGCUAAACUUCUUGAUCCUACUAAGAUGCGACCGGCGAUGGGGCCAUCCGAUGGGUUUAGCAUAACACAGAAGGAGGCUACUCUAAGAUUCAUGAAGGAAGCAGGAUACGGAACCAGCCGGGAAAAUCAGCGACUCUAUCGCAACUUGUGGAAAAGCCUGUCAGAAAUGCGCGAAGCCGGAGUUGAAAAGAUCCUAUUAUAUCGCACGAAGGAAUUCGACAGCUAUUGCAAGGUCUAUCCGAAAACCGCAGAGAAAGCUCUCUGUGAUCUGAUCAAGUCAUGGGAAAUGGUCUAUAAGACGCAUAUUGACCGUCUCGAGAAGCAAGCAUUGUCAUGGAGUCAGGGCGAUUUCAUGGGCCGGUCUUGGCUUCAACAGCCUCUUGUGGCGAAGCAACUGGACGUCCCAGAAUUAUCGUGGAAUGACGCUGUUAAUGAGUGGUUGUCUCGGGAUGAAGCAGUAGCUUUCAGCUUGACUACUAAGCAAAGCUUGGGUGCUCCUUUAGCUGACCACCUCUGGGACCUGUCUGACAAUCGAUCGAUCCUUGAAAGUACUCGGAACAAGUCAAUCUUCGUGACAAUAUUGCCCAAGGAGAAUGAGGCUCUUUCCAUCUGUUCCAUUAUUCCUGUUGAGGAAGGGGAUUUCUUAGGCAUAUUUGCUGGCACGAUCCGCUAUAGUCGGGAUUUUAGUCCUAUAUGGGGCAUACGGGGCCCAACAGACAACCUUUGGCUGGACUAUUCGAACACCACCGGUACUUUGAAUCUGAUGCGAGUGUCCAGGCCGGGUAGCAGCGCCAAUGUGCAGAUUCACUGGGAAUAUCGUAACGAGCCGGACGGAAUGGAGUCAUUGGUGUUGUGGAGGGCUGCUGUUCGAGCGAUCAAAAGAAUUAAGCCGUUCGAAGAGCUCGUCCGUGCUGCUGGUCAGAAGGAGCAGUAUAUUCACCAUCGGUCUGCAGCAUCCGCCAAAAGAGGGUUUCUGAAGAAGAGACUCUUCUAA